AUGUCUACUGAAUCGAAAUCACAAUCUACGAACAAUACGUUAACGGCUCAAGAUAUCUUGGAGGCCCGCGAAAACCUCAGCGAUGAGAUCAAAUUUGAUCACUUAUCUACGAACGGAUCAAACUUCAUUGAUUGGAAGAAGAACACAGCAAGAGCAAUCAAAGCACUGAUCGGCAUUAAGAACUAUUGGGAUGAAAAAUUACCGGUGUCCAAUUACUUAGACAGAAAACGAGAUGCGUUAGCGGCUAGUGUAAUCAACAACACAAUCCAUGCGACCCUGAAGAACGUGACGGACGACGCGGACUCGGCGUACGAAGCCAUGGAAGCUCUACAGAAUCACUUCAGGAAAGGAGGCCGAACUGCUCAAUUCUCACUUUUUAAUAGGCUGAUUAACCUACGUUUAGACCUAAAUGAAACUGAAAUGAUAAAUCAUAUGUCAAAAGUUGAUGUGAUCGUAGCUGAAAUAGAAUCUACUGGAUUUAUUUGGAACUCAGACUCAAUCAAAGGCUUAUUUUAUCAAAUUGUAAUGCCUCCCGAGAUGACUAAAGAGAUUAAUAAAGACUUAGAUAACAAAUACGACAAAUCUAAUCCUAACUACAAAUUGAAAGAUGUGAAAUCAGCAAUCCAAAUCUAUUUAGCUCGUGAAAGAACAGCCACAGAAACAAUCACAAUCAACAACAUCAGUACUCAAAUGCAGAUGAUGGCAGUCAACUCCACACCACGAAGCUUCACACCGAGCAGUCAGUCUACGCCUAUACGCAAUUAUCAACAAAAUCAAUGUUUUGCGACACCUAACAGAUUGAUUCAAAAAAUAGAUCCUAUCAGAUGGCAACGAGGACCUCCAGCCUGGACAAAGAACGAUAAUGAAAGAAAAAACUCAGUCGAUCGACCAUUAGAUAUCCCGAGUUCAGCCGUUGGAGGUGUGAAAGCAGGCCUACUUCAAUGUUUCUUCUGUGGUAGUUUUGGUCACACGUACAGUGCGGGUGGUUGUAAACCUUAUGACGGCAACAGACAAAUGGCGCAGACUAUAAUGUGUCGUUUUUGUCAGCUUCAAAGGUUGCUCGCGCGAUCCCCUCCGGCUGAUACAACCAAUCUCGGGAAAAGCCAAAGGAAUAUCGGUCCGGCUUUUGAGGUGGAUGAUAAAACAUACGACCGUCUCUUCAAAUAUUAUCAUGCUUUGGAUAAUCAGUGGGUCAACUUCAGGAAGGUUCCCUAUCCGGAUGGGGCGCGGGUUUUUGGACCGUUUGUCCAGGAGAUCGCUGGUCUUGUGGGACAAUAUGGCCUUCAAUACAGCAAGAAGAGCCCAAACAACAUCGUAAGGAUUGAAGUGGAUGGGGCGGUUUCUUGUGCGAGGGUACUUCAUAUCUUACAAUUGCAAGAACCUUUGGACACGGUGGUACAGGUGCAAGGGUUGUUAGGAGUCGAUGAUGCAUUGCUGAAUCCGCUUUUCAAAAGAUUAGGUAUCACCCGUGUCGUUGAAGACUCCCAGAUUAGAUUUAUUCCGGCAAAGUCGAUAGUUUCACCAGUGGCUCAUAGACAACUCCCAGCUUGGACAAUGGGGCUGAACAACCCUAGCCUGCUUGUCAUGAUGACGAUAUCUGGAGAAGCACCUGGAGAGUCCUCAAAUUUUCAGGAAAACACCUCAGACGUUCAGGACAUGGAUAAUCUUUACGCCUCUCAAUUAGCUGAAGAUGAUAUGGCAAUGGACAUUGAUACUGAUCCAUCAAUGAUAUAA